UGAUAAUCCAUCUCGACACUUCAAGUUCUCGUUCUUGGACUCUCCAAAAGUUAGACCUGUUUGCACUUAGACGCAUGCUUCAAAGACUAUUAUACUAGCUCUUGGGGCCCUCAUGCAAUCCACGAGUGGCUCUCGUGUCCGUCCAUCGCAUGCUUAAGGCGUGGCAUGGACUAUUUCUGCGAGCCUGGAGCAAGAUCGACCUUACUUGCCGCACGCCUCUGUCUGUGACUUCUUCUCCUCUGCUUCCGGCCCAGCUUGAAUCAUGCCACUAUUCAAAUAUCGCCGCUUCCCCCUUCGCAAAGCCCGGAAGUCCCAGAGCAAUGCAGCGAGCACAUCGCUGCAAGACGAGCUAAAAUGUUUGGUGGAGUCGGUCUCAGACCCUGCAGACAAGAAGGCAUUUGAGCUAGAGAUGCGAUCCUUUUCAGACCUGUUCUCGCGAUUUCUAGCAGAGAAGUCCGAGGGCAAACAACUGCAAUGGGAUGAGGUCCAACCAGCAACAGUAGAACAGAUAAUUCCCUACACUGAUCUAGAAGCCCCGACGGAUCCCCAGCCCCUCGGAAAGCUGGCUGUGCUGAAAGUGAACGGUGGCUUGGGCACAACGAUGGGAAUGAAUGGCGCGAAGAGUGCCUUGGAGGUCAAAGGGGGGAUGACCUUUCUCGACUUGACCGUCAAGCAAAUUGAGCACCUCAAUGCGACGUACAACGCGGAUGUUCCUCUGAUCCUGAUGACUUCGUUCGCCACGCACGACGACACGCUUCGGAUUGUCAGGAAAUACUCACAGCACAAGCUACGCAUCACGACGUUCAACCAGUCCCGAUACCCCCGUCUUCUCAAAGACUCGUUUCUCCCAUGCGCAAAGACUGCCGUCGAUGACAAAGCGACAUGGUAUCCCCCGGGCCAUGGAGAUUUGUAUAUCGCUCUCAAGCAGUCUGGGAUCCUCGACAAACUGAUCGCCGACGGAAUCGAAUACCUCUUCGUCUCCAACUCAGACAAUCUGGGGGCCGUGGUCGAUCAGCGGAUCUUCAAGCAGAUGAUCGAUAGCAAGGCUGAAUUCCUGAUGGAAGUCACCGAAAAGACCAAAGCCGAUAUCAAGGGCGGAACGCUUGUGAGCUACAGAGAUUCCAUCCGGCUGCUCGAGCUUGCGCAAGUGCCGCCGCAGUAUGUCGAUGACUUCCAGUCUGUGCGCAAAUUCCAGAUCUUUAACACCAACAACCUUUGGAUCAAUCUGCACGCUUUGAAACGUGUCAUGGACGGUGGUGGCAUGCACCUGGACGUGAUCGCGAACUCCAAAAUCAAUGAACGUGGAGAGGCCGUUCUGCAGCUCGAAACAGCUGCAGGUGCCGCAAUCCAGCACUUCCAGAACGCAUACGGAAUCCGCGUGCCCCGCUCUCGAUUCCUCCCCGUCAAGAACUGCUCGGAUCUCCUGCUGAUCAAGAGCAACAUGUACUCGAUCGAGCACGGCCAGCUCGUUCCGAACCCUGACCGGCAGUUCUCUGCCACGCCAGUGAUCAAAUUGGGGGAUCACUGCAAGAAGAUCCAACAAUUUCAUAGAAGAUUCAAGAGGAUUCCCGACAUGCUCGAUUUGGACCAUCUCACAGUCUCCGGAGACGUGUAUUUUGGACGUGACACCACCCUGCGAGGAACCGUGAUAGUCGUCGCACACGAAGGGCAGCGGAUUGAUAUCCCCGAUGGCUGCAUUCUCGAAAAUCGAUUGUUGUCGGGAAAUCUGACCAUGGUGGCAAGUCCCUUCCAUUCACGUUGCUUUUACGACAGCCGGUGA